AUGGGUGAAGUCGUAUGUGUGGAAGGUACCGAAAGAGAUACUGAAGUUCUUGCUCUGAUCGAGUCGAGAAUUUGUGACAUUGAUUAUAUUCCAGAAUUAAAUGCUACGAAUUACAUAACUGAUUCCAAUAGUACUGAAGUGAAGACUGGGCAUUUGUAUAAGGACAAAGGAACACUCGUUGCUGUAAUGACUAAAUAUAAAAUAAAGAACAACUUCAAUUUUCGAGUGAAAAGAUUGGAUAAGAAAAGGCCUGUAAAUGUAGUGGACGCUGCACAUCUUGGCGGGGCAUACAAGGGUACUUUUGUAUCAGCAAGCACACUCGAUGGUGCAGGAUGCAUAUUGCCAUUGGCAUAUGGUGUUGUAGACACUGAAAAUGACUGUUCGUGGACAUGGUUCUUCGAACAUUUCAAAAAUGCAUUUGGUGAGCGUGAAAACAUGUGUAUUGUAUCAGAUAGAAAUGAAUGUAUCAUAAAGAGUGUAAGCAUUGUGUACCCAAAUGUACCUCAUUGUGCAUGCAUAUGGCAUUUUUGGAAGAAUGUAUGUUCAAGCUUCAAAAGGAGUAAAAACACACUAAGUGAUAUAUUUUACUCAAUGACAAAAGCAUACAGAAAGGAAAAUUUUGAUAAAUUAAUGGCUAAGGUUGUGACAGUUGAUCAUAGGGUGAAGGAUUACCUUGAAGGAGCUGGUUAUGAGAAGUGGUCAAGAGUUCAUUCAACCAUAACAGAGGUUGUUCCAUCAUCUGAAUAUAUUUUCACAGUUCAUGAAGCCGAAAAAAGAUACAUUGUAUGCCUUGAGAGGAAAACUUGCACAUGUGGAAGGUUUCAACAUGAUGAGAUACCUUGCGCACACGCAAUUGCAGUUUUGAAGCACAAGAAUAUUACCAAUUUGCACUCUCAUUGCUCUGAUUACUACAAGCCGUAUGCAUUAGAAAAAACGUACAAGGUUGUAAUGGUUCCAAUGCCAGAUAAGGAGGAUUGGAACGUUCCAGAAUAUGUUUUAGAUGAAAUUGUCCGGCCACCUAGGUAUAGAAGGUUGGCUGGACGACCAAGAAAGCAAAGAAAUAAAAAUGCGGAUGAGAAAAUAACAGUGAACAAUAAUUCUUGUGGGCAGUGUGGACAAGAAGGACAUAACAGGAGAACUUGUACUUUCUUCCCGAAAGAGAAUUGA